AUUAUGGUGACAAUAACAAGGCAGUCUGAAAAAUGAAACCGAUCCAGUGAAAAGCCCCCAAAGAAAAACGUAGUAGAUUACUCACGCCGUAAUGGUCCACUCUCCAAUGGCCCAGAGCUCUUGUUUGUUACGCAAAUUCCCAAUGAUUGCUUUGUAUCGUAUUUAAUAUUUCUCUGUCGAUAAGAAGAAGGAACACUACUUCAUAACAAGUUUCCGCUUUACUAAACGCCAAUUUCUUGGCUUGGCUUGGCCUGGCCAUUUCCAUUUCCUAAUCAGUUGACCAGAUCCAAAAGAAAUGGGUGGUGGAGCAGCAGCAGCUCCAAUUCCCCGUCUAACAGCGAUCACUUUCCUAUUCCUCCUCCCCAUCGUCAUCCAAUCACAUACUCCCACCAUCUCCGUCGGAGACUUCGGAGCCAUCGGAGACGGCAAACACUACGACACAGCCGCCAUCCAGUUGGCCAUGGACAGCUGCCGCACUAAACCAUGCUACGUGACCUUCCCAACAGGCACAUACCUAACGGCCACCAUCUUCCUCAAAUCCAACGUGAUUUUGGACAUCCCGAAAGGCUCCACCAUCUUGGGUGGGACCAAAUUGGAAGACUACCCGAAAGAGUUCGAUAGGUGGUAUGUGAUAUUGGCAGAGAAUGCAAGGGAUGUAGGGAUAACAGGUGGAGGGGUGGUGGAUGGGCAGGGUUUGGAGUUCGUGGUGAAGUUCGACGAAAGAAAAAACGUGAUGGUGAGCUGGAACCAGACAGGGGCUUGCUCCGGCGAUGAGUGUAGGCCGAGGUUGGUGGGUUUUCUUGACUCUACCAACGUCAGAGUUUGGAAUGUUACCUUCAGGCAACCGGCCUAUUGGUGCUUGCACAUAGUUCGAUGUGAAAACACAUCUAUCCAUGAUGUUUCAAUCUAUGGAGAUUUCAAUACACCUAACAAUGAUGGAAUAGACAUUGAGGAUUCAAAUAAUACAGUGAUUACAAGAUGCCACAUUGAUACAGGAGAUGAUGCAAUAUGCCCCAAGACAUACACUUCCCCUCUAUAUAACUUAACUGCAACCAACUCCUGGAUUCGAACCAAAUCUUCUGCAAUUAAACUUGGAAGUGCUAGCUGGUUUGAGUUAAACAAUUUGGUCUUUGACAACAUUACUAUUGUAGAUUCUCAUAGAGGGCUCGCAUUGCAGAUACGUGAUGGAGGAAAUGUAAGUGACGUUACUUUCUCAAACAUAAACAUCAGCACGAGAUACUAUGAUCCGUCAUGGUGGGGGAGGGCGGAACCGAUUUAUGUCACGACUUGCCCACGGCACUCAGAUUCAUCAGAGGGUUCAAUCUCCAACUUGAACUUCGUAAACAUCUCCGCAGUUUCCGAAAACGGUAUCUUCUUAUCAGGUUCUAAAGGUGGACUGCUAAGGAAUUUGAGAUUCAUCAACAUUAACUUAACAUACAAACGAUGGACGAAAUACAUGGGAGGGUUGGUUGACUAUCGGCCAGGAUGUCAGGGACUUGUGAACCACAGCACAGCAGGGAUUAUAAUGGAACAUAUUGAUGGUUUGGAUCUUGAGAAUGUAAAUAUGAGAUGGUUCGAUGGACGAACGGUGCAAUGGGAUAAUCCUUUGGACUUCAGGCCUUCUACUGUGAAUAACAUUUCCUUGCUUAAUUUCCAUUCUGGUGUCUACAAACAGAGAAGGGGGUCAUCGGAGCAGAUUUCCCUUGUUGGCUCAAAUUGAAUUCAUCAUUUUUACACGAAUUGUAAGCGUGGACAAACCUUUGAAGGUGUAAUUUCACUUGUAAAACUCUUUAUCAGCAAAGCAAUUUAACACAAA